AUGGUCCUCCCAGAGCGCUUGGGUUAUGAGGGGGCGGCCGCAGGUAACGGCCGGGGGCGGCAGGAGGCCGGCGGGAAAUGGCCGAGGGGGCUGCGGGGGGGAGAGGCCCCCUCCCUGGGGGAAAGCCCCGGCACAGACCGGCAAACGAUGUGGCUGUUAACGGUUGAUCCAUAUGGGUUUGAAAGGCCAGACGACUUUGAUUAUGCAUCCUAUGAAGCAUUCUUUUCCAGAUAUCUAGUGGUACUCACUAGAAGAGCAAUAAAAUGGUCCAAGCUCUUAAAGGGGAGCAACAAUAUACAGAAGAGUUUAAAAGUGAAGAGAUAUAUCAGGAAAGGCAUCCCCAAUGAACACCGUGCAUUGAUCUGGAUGAUUGUGAGUGGGGCCCAAACCAACAUGGAACAAAACCCUGGAUAUUACCACAGACUGCUUGAAGAAGAGAAGAAUGACAAGCUGGUUGAAGCAAUCAAAACAGACAUGAACAGAACAUUUCCAGAUAAUGUAAAAUUCCGCAAAACUGCUGAUCCUUGUUUGCAGCAUGCACUCUACAACGUACUGGUAGCAUACGGGCAUCAUAAUAAAGCAGUAGGAUAUUGUCAGGGCAUGAACUUCAUAGCUGGAUACUUGAUUCUUAUUACAAAGAAUGAAGAGGAGUCCUUCUGGUUGCUAGAUGCUCUUAUUGGAAGAAUAUUGCCUG